CAUAAACAAGCGCCCUAUGUUUACAGGCAUCCGUCAAAAUAUCACUUCUUUAAAUGCAGCUGCCUUCUGCGUUAAUACCUGGGUUUUAUUGAAGAUCGACCCCAAAAGCAUUUGCAAGAGGCUUAAAAUUAAAAGGCUGACAGAGCCAAAAGUCAGCUGUCCUGCUCAUUAUGCAGUUAUUGUAUGAUGUAACAUGGCAUUUGUAAUUUGAGAGGUAAAUUAUGGAGGAAGAAGAAGAUCUGGAGACAUAUGGAGAACAACUGUACUCUCUGAUUUACCCCAAACACAAAGAAAACGCUGGAAAACUCACAGGUAUGUUGCUGGAGCUGCCAUGUCCUGUCCUGAGUCAGAUACUGCAGGAUGAAGCCAUGCUGACCACGGCUGUGGACAAAGCUGUGAUAGCCCUGCAACUUGCACAGGAUCCAAGUAAGGUGACAUGUAAAGACGAGGAUGAAGUAUCCAUGUCCUCUGACUCUCUGGGAGAACAACUGUUUGAGCUGGUAGAUGUUUACAACACUGGCUACUCGCAGAAAAUCACAGGGAUGCUUCUAGAGCAGCAUCAAGAGACAGUUUUGAGCCUUCUGUCAGAUCCCAAACUGCUGGAGGAGCAGGUGAAGUCUGCAUUAAAGACCCUUAAGGAGCAGAAUGAGGAGGAGACAGACAUUAGCGACUUGUCAGACGUAGAUGACUCAGAGCGGCUGGGAGAGAAGCUCUUCGGGCUGGUGGAGCAGCUGGAUCCUCUACAUGCAAAUGAUAUUACAGGUGUCUGCCUGUCUGUUGUGGAUUUUUUGUAUCUUGAUGAAAUAACUUUGUAUGCUGCUAGAGAUGGACCCAGCUUCCCUUCAACAGCUUCUCAAAGACCACACAAUGCUGGAGGUCGCUGUUCAGAGAGCACAAGCAGCACUGGACACGUAGAAGUGGACUGUAACAGAAGAGGACGACAACAUUUCACACAGAGACUAACAUGAAUGACUUUGAUGAAUCUAAUAAACACUGGAACAAGUGGAUGAAGCAUCAUUCCAGGAGAUCAUAACUACAAAAAUACCUUUUGUAUAACCAGAUAUUUUUAUAUAUAUCCUGCUGAUUUUAAGGGGACUGUGGACGGUCUAAGUUUAAAUGGCCUCUCUGUAAAUAACAUGACUCAGCAAAACCUGUUCACAGCUCAGAGUAACUGUUUUAUACGAGUAAUGUCUGAUGAAAUGAAUGAUGCUUCAGCUCCAGCUUAGCGACAGCUGUGAGCUGCUUGAUGAAAAUGUUUACAACAGGACCCAUUUGUUCGCCUAUAAAAUAAGUUGCUAAUACAA